AGCAUCAAAUGUGUAUAUUAUGUAAUGGUCGAGAAAAGAUAAUAAUGUUUGAAACGUAAUCUCAGCAAGUGGGUGAGUUAACCGUGAUGACAAAAGCAACGUAUAUUUUUUUUUGUGUUGUGUGGGGUGUGGGGGUUGGUGGUGAUGCGAGGCCCACGAAGAAGGAUGGGUUCGAUCCUGAUCCCACCCCGCCGACACUCCAGUUCUGGAAUUAGGGUUUGUCUUUUGCGGUGGGUCUUCCGCCCCUUGAUCUAGGGUUUGGCUGCUUCCCCGCGCUUCGGUUUGAGGUUCGUUGAUUGGAUCGAGAAUCGAUGGUUCGCACUAAAGGAGGGAUGCGAAACCACCCAAACUGGGGAAAUAAUUCAAGGCUACGUAUGGGCUGGAAGGUGAGGAAACAAAACGGCCGGCCGCCGCUUCCGAUGUUAUAGCAGUACCUCCCCCCUCACUCUUCUGUCGAUGUAUCCGGCAGCGACGUCGGAGCCCCCCACCGACCCCACCCCUCUCUAAUUCAUUCUUAGAGGAACAGUAGGAAGCAGUAAAGUAGCACUUUAACAAACCUCGACUAGAGAUGCAUGCAGCAGUCCAACCCGAUGGACAUUCACCAAAAUAUCAGAACAACCCUACAAGCAUACAACACUUCAAAUCUAGUUCAGACUGUGCGCUAAAUAGUUGUACUUCAUCUUUUCAGUCUAAGGGAAAGAAGAGCAACGAUCUUGCUGCUUUUGCUGCCACCCUUGUCGCUCACCACCAGCCAAGCAAUUCCCACAAUUGCUCUUGACGUCGCCAUCUCCACCGUCAUCUUCUGCCGUAGAUUGAAUCAAUCUACUGUCAUCAUCUCCAAUUGCAUCGAGAUCUGGUAUUCUCGUAUCACUAAUACCUUUUGCUGCUGUAAUUUUUCAUUCAAAAUACCAAGAAGAAGUCUUUUUAUCUAUCCCGUGCUGCGAAUUUCUUUCGCCAUAAAAGUUAUCAUCUUUGCGAACGAAGGAUUGCUGUAGAAAAUUUUAACCGCAUAUUGUUGCCUUUAAUCGGUCUAUUUGCUAUUUUUUUUGAACGAAAUUUCUUAUACACUUCAUAGAUCGUCUUGGCUUCCAUCUGAGAUUGAUCUAUUAAGGAAUUCAUCUCUAAAACAUUCUUGUGUUGCUACAAAUUUUCGUCACAAACCGUUGGAAUUUUUCGACGAGAAUUCUGCUAUCGCAACUUGCACCGAUUUCCUUGCUAUUAUACUGUCAAAAUCUUCUUAAUCAAAUUUGUCAUCAUUGCUGUUAUCUAAAACGAGAUUUUGCUGUUAAAUUCCCUCCUCAAAUCACUCGAUUUUUGUUGAAAAUUUCGUCGUGAAACCGUUGUUUCUUCGACGACAAUACUAUUUUUACAAACCUUAAUGCUCCUUUACUAAUGCUGAAGGAGCAUUAGUGAGUCCAAAAGGCAUUACGAUGAAUUCAUAAUGGUCGUUAUGUAUGCAGAAUGCAGUUUUUGGAAUGUCAUAUUCACAUACCCGAAUUUGGUGGUAAUCGGAUCGGAGGUCUAACUUCGUGAAGACUCGAGCUCCUUUUAACUCAUCAAGAAAUUAUCCACCACUGGUAUUGGGUACUUGUCCUUGACGAUGAUGUCAUUUAAAGCUCGGUAGUCGUUGCACAUUUGCCAAGUUUCAUCCUUCUUGCGUAUAAGUAGCACCGGUGAGGAAUAGGGGCUGCAACUUGGUCGAAUCACCCCUGUUUCAAGCAUCUCCUUUACAAUCUUUUUAAUUUCAUCCUUUUGGAGGUGUGGAUAACGGUACGACCGAGUGUUCGCUUCAAUUUCUAUUUUCUUCCCCUCUGGUUACUGUUGGAGAUGCAUAAAAAAGCCACAAUUUACCUUGUGUAAAACUUUCUUCAUUCGUUGGGUCUAAACGGUGGUUACGUUGCUUCCGCGCUUUCCGUGUACGAUGAUAUGUUUGCCUUUGCAGUAGAAUUUUAUAAUUAAUUUGGAAAAGUUUCAAGAGACAACACCUAGCAUCGUCAGCCAUUCUAUGCCAAGCAUGGCCUCAUAAUCAUCAAUUGGUAGGAGGAAGAAGUCGGCGAUAAUUUCUUGGUCUUGCAGUAAUAGUUUCACCUGCAGGCAUCUUUGGUUGCACUUUAGGAUUCUGUCGUCGGCGACCUUUACAUCGAACUUGCUGCAACCUUCGAUGUUGAGCGCCAUCCGAGCAGCAACCUUACUGUUUAGGAAGUUAUUAGUGAUGCCCGUGUCGAUGAGAACAGUGAUCAGUUGUUGUUUGAGAAGGCCUCCAACUUUCAUUGUUUGCGGGUUUGAGUAGCCGGCUAGCGCGUGUACCAAAAAGUCGAUCGGUUGUGGCUCUUAUUUCGCAUCUUCUUCUUCAUAUUCAAGGCUCUCUUCUGAAUGUUCAAUGACCUCUUCUUCUACUGGUUCAAUCACAAGAAGUUUCCCUUUUUUACAACGAUGCUCGCGACUCCACGGCUCGUCGCAAAGCCAACAUAACCCCUUCGCAAAUCGCUCCCGAAGCUCUUGUCAACUUUUUUGGUGCAGAGGCUCGACUGACAGUAGGGGGGUUGAGGCUUCGGUAUUGCUGAUCGGGGAGCAACUGUAGUCCUCCUGGCUUCAUGGUUCAAUCGCUCCUCUUGAAGUCGUGCGAAAGAGAUGGCUGCCAUAAGCGUGUACGGUUGUCGUGCUUUAACUUCUCCCUGGAUCUCUGGCUUCAAGCCCUCAAUAAAGGUCCCCAAUAGUUAUUUUUCAGACCAAUCAUGAGUUUGAUUAGAUAACCUUUCAAACCUUGUUUGGUACUCUUAAAUGGUGGAGGUUUGUCGGAUCUUUGCUAGUUGUCCGUCAAUGUUCUCGUAAUCGGUUGGUCCUAAGCGGAUCAGCAGUCCUUCUUUGAAUUGUCGUCAUGAGAGGACUCCAUGAGUGUGUUCAAACCAGUCAAACCAUUGUAUGACAUCCCCUUCAAGAUGUAUAGUCGUAAUUUCCACCAUUGAUGCGUCUGCAGUUUUGUGGUACCGAAAAUAUCGCUUCGCGCGCGAGAUCCAACCAAUCGGGUCUCCACCCUCAUGCGUGGAUAGUAGGGAUCGGUCACAGAGCCUCCCCUCUCUUGGAAGUCAUCUCUUCGGUCAGAGCUCUCUCCUUGAUGUGAUUUCUUCGGGCUCGGUGGUCGGCCUAAACUGAGUUUGGUAAAGAGAGUCUGAAUCUUAUCCUUCAUUCGCGUCUCGAAGGCUUCGAAUUUAGCAUUGAUUGCCUCCUUAGAUGCCAUAGUAUAUGCCUCCAAACCUGUAAUGUUAAGAUCUCUCUUUUGUUGUCGGGUUAAAGGCAUGUAUCAGUUAAGAGAAGUGGUGGCCGAAAGGGUUGGUGGAUUGGUGUAUGUUGGCUCUGGUUUAGGCUUGUUUUGUGGCUGUUUUGUAAGAGCAAAAUUGUCGUCGAAGAAACAGUGGUUUCACGACGAAAUUUCCAGCAAAAACUGAGAGAUUUGAGGAGGGAAUUUGACAGCAAAAUCUCGGUUUAGAUAACAGUAAUGGUGACAAAUUUGAUUAAGAAGAUUUCGGUAGUAUAACAGCAAGGAAAUCGGUGCAAAUUGCGAUAGCAGAAUUCUCGUCGAAAAAUUCCAGUGGUUUACGACAAAAAUUUACAAAAACACAAGAACGUUUUAGAGAUGAAUUCCUCAAUAGAUCAAUCUCAGAUGGAAGCCAAGACGAUCUAUGAAGCAUAUAAGAAAUUUCGUUAAAAAGGGAUAGCUAAUUGAUCGAUUAAAGGCAACAAUAUGCUGUUGAAAUUUUCUACAGCAAUCCUUCGUUCGCAAAGAUGAUAACUUUUACGGCGAAAGGAAUUUGCAGCACGGGAUAGAUAAAAAGACUUCUUCUUGGUAUUUUGAAUGGAAAAUUACAGCAGCAAAAGGUAUUGCUGAUAGGAGAAUACCAGAUCUCUUGAUGCAAUUGGAGGUGACGGUAGUAGAUUGAUUUGAUCUACGACAGAAGAUAACUGUGGAGAUGGCGAUGCUAAGAGCAAUUGUAGGAAUUUCUUGGUUGGUGGUGGGCGGCAAGGGUGGCAGCAAAAGCAGCAAGAUCGCUGGUUUGAUACUAGAUAAUAGAAUCCCCUAAGCAGCAAAAAUGGCCAUCUCCCUUCCUACCAUCGGCUUCCUCGAGGACAUUAGGGAGGAAUGAAAGAAGGAUCCAGAGAUUAACAACAUCAUAAAAAAAUUGGAGGAGGAUCCAAGCGCAAUAGGAGGAUCCAAGCGUAAUAGCCCACUACACUUGGGAUUCGAGGGAUUUACGCUACAAAGGUCGCAUUGUGCUUAUACCCGACUCCCCUUGCAUCAAAAUCAUCAUGCUCAAAAUUCACUUCACACCUUCAGUAGGGCACUCCAGAUUUCUGAGAACCUACAAAAGAGUGAAGCAAAAUUUUUAUUGGAGAGGGAUGAAAAAAAUUAUUUCUGAAUAUGUGGCACAAUGUGAUGUAUGCCAACAACAAAAGGGUGAAACAAUGGCGAGUCUAGGGAAGCGACAACCACUACCCAUACUGGACUCGGUGUAGACUGACAUCUCUAUGGACUUCAUCGAAGGGCUGCCACAUUCCAAAAGUAAAAGCACAAUCCUCGUGGUGGUUGAUCGACUUACGAAAUAUGCUCAUUUUUGUGCUAUGCGAAAUCCCUACACUGCUGUUAGUAUUGCUCAGAUUUUCAUAGAAAAUAUUAUUAAACUGCAUGGGAUGCCAAGGUCCAUUGUAAGUGAUUGUGACAGGAUCUUCACUGGUAAAUUUUGGAUCGAGUUAUUUCAGUUACAGGGCACCAAACUCAAGAUGAGCACAGCAUAUCAUCCACAAACUGACGGUCAAACAGAGGUGGUGAACAGGUGUUUAAAGACGUACCUUCGGUGUUUCUCUAGUGACCAACCAAAGGAGUGGGCGAAAUGGCUUCCCUAGGUCGAAUGGUGGUAUAAUACUACAUAUCAUUCAUCUAUAAAAUGUGCCCCAUAUGAAGCACUGUAUGGUCGGUCGGCCUCUGUAAUUCCAAAGUAUGUAAUUGGCUCGGCUAAGAUAGAUCAGGUCGACGGUCGACCAAGAUUUAAUUGACAGGGACAAACUUAUACAGCUGCUAAUGGAUAAUCUCUCUACCGCUCAAGACAGAAUGAAGCAGUAAGCCGACACACGACGAAGCGAAAGAGAAUUUUCAGUAGGAGAUUGGGUUUAUCUUCGCCUACAACCAUACAAGCAAUUCUUCAUCAACACACGAGCCUCCGUGAAGCUAUCCCCACGUUUUUAUGGGCCCUAUCAAAUCACAGAGCGUAUUGGAGUUGUGGCGUACAAACUUAAAUUGCUUGAGGAUGCCAAAAUUCACCUUGUCUUCCAUGUGUUAUGCCUGAAGCCCAAGUUGGGAGAACACGAGUCACCCCAGAUCCAACUGCCCAACACCACAAGCUAUCGUCGACCGUAGAAUCAUGAUGCGUCGUCGACGUCCCACUACUGAAGUACUAGUGCAUUGGAAUAAUUUACCACUCGAAGACGCCACAUGGGAAUCAUAUGAGGAGCUGAAGACCCUAGCCCUAGGGGCUACUUCCUAAGUGAGUUACCCCUUUUGUCCUCAACCCUAGCCGACCGACCUAGUAAAAAAGGGGGUCACCACAAGAUCGACACAGAGACUGUAAAAUAAGAUCUUGGUACUGAACCUAUCCAGUGAGAGAAUUCUGCGAAGCCUGAUGAUGGCAAUUAUGAUACCUUUAUGUUUGAAAUCAUAAAGGGAGAAGUUGUCAAAAUAACAGAUAAAGGGAGAUUGUAAGCACUAAAGGGGUUGAGAAGUUAGUGAAUGUCAACAUGAUAGAACUGAGAAAAAAAAUAGAUUUGCCUGGUAUAAUAAUGCUUGUAGAUGUCAUUGGAGCUAUUGAUAAAUAUGAUUGCCUUGAUAGGUUUGUGCAGCUUAGGGGAGUGCCUGUGUUGGAUGAUUGGCUCCAGGAAGUGCGUAAAGGAAAGACUGGUGAUGGCUUUAGUUUCAAAGAAAGUGACAAAGUAGUUGAAGAUUUUCUUGUCUUUGCUUUGUGCAUUGGAAAAGUUGCCUGUAAACCUCAACGCACUGCAGACUUGUAACACCAGUGAGUUGGUGACUAAUUUGCGCAUUCAUACAAAUUUAGAGAUCUAGAAAAAGUUAAAAAUCUUGUUGACACCUGGAAGAAACGUGUUAAUGAUGAAAUGUCAAAAAUCUAAUAUGCAAAUUAUGUUCCAUCUAGCCAGCCAGUUCCAUUGCUGGUCAAGUGAGGUUAUUCUAAUGUUACUCAUGACGGAAAUAAACACACUGGAUCAAUUGAGGUGUCUGCCAAAAUGACUGUCACGUGAAUGUCAACAUGCGAAGCUCUGCCUAGCAAGCCUAGAGCUUCAGAUCAUAGUAUUUAAUCAACUUUGCCUCCAUCCAGUGUAGUUACUUCAAGGGAUUUACAUUGCAAAAUGGUUGCUACUAAUGGGGGUUUAGAGUUGCCACCUAUAGCUGUUGAGGAGAGGAGUAGUGGCUUCAAUCAGUCUCAGAACAACAGCCAAUCUUUUUCUGGUAAUCAAGCAAAAACAAUGGUUUCUUCAUGGAAGGAAGAACAGUGAUUGAAAAAGGCGCUCGGGCGAGGCGAGGUGAGGCCCGAGCGCCUCGCUAAUCUCCCAGGCGGCGCGCUUUGGGCGAGCGCCUGGGUAAACCAAGGCGACCGAACCAGGAUUUUAGGUCUGGUUCGUUCCUGGUUCAGUUGGUUAGUUGGUUCAAUCGAACCAACUAAACCGAUAUAACCCUUACCCAACCCUAACCCGCUACCGCUGCCACUCCCGAUCCCGAUCCCGAUCUCGAUCUCGCUGCUCACCGCUGUCGCUGCUCGUAAACGCUGCCGUUGUCGCCGCUCGCCGCUGUCGCUGCUCGCAAACGCUGCCUCUCUCGUCGCUCGCGCCUCCCGCUGCUCGUUGUUCCUGUCGCCGCUUGCUGCUGUCGCUACUCGCAAACGCUGCCUCUGUCGCCGCUCGCGCCUCCCGCUGCUCGCCGCUCCUGCUCCCGCUGCCGCUGCUCGCCGCUGUCGCCGCUCGCGCCUCCCGCUGCUCGUCGCUCCUGCUCCCUUUCCCGCUGCCGCUACCGUUGCUCGUCGCUGGCCGCUGUCGCUAUCGCCGCUCGCCGCUGCUUCCUCGUUUCUCAAUCAGCAGGCUCAGUAUACAGUAUACUAUUAAUAUUAAGUUUAUUUGAAAUUAUUAAUUUUCAAUACUGUUAAUAGAUUUUCUUAAUUUAAUAGCAUAUUUUUAUUUAAAAUUUUAAAUAAUUAUAUUUAUCAAUUAUAUUAUAUAUUUUUAUAUUUUAGCCCCUCGCUUCGCUCGGGCGUUUUUGGACCUUGGCGCCUUUUGACGCCUAGCGCUUUUUAAAUCGCUGAGGAAGAAGCAAGGAGCUGAACAGCUGGGUCAAUGAAAACUAGCAAGCUAGCUGGUUGUUCAUCUUGCCCCUAAAGGUCAAGCAAUGGUCUAGGAACAAGUAUAUCUGGAAUUCAAAAGGAAAGUCAUUCAAGUAGGAUUAAAUCUGCCAGCAAGGCUAUGGCAUUGGAAAAAGGAUCACAAUCUGCACAGAUAUGUGAAAAGCCACUCGAUAUUUCUAUUGAUGAUCAUGGAAAUAACAACACGCUGAUUAGGAGGUUUCCUAACCCUGGCAGAAGCCUUGGACAUAGUGCCAGUGGUGGCUCUUCUGAGGGCCCAUUGGUUAUGGGUAUUAUAUCAUCGUCUCCUGAUAUUCCAGAUAAACAAGACCAUACACGAAGAAGUGAUGUUUCUGGGUCUCAUGCAACUACAGACAGUAAUACAGUGUCAUGGCAUGGCAAUGAUGUUAAAGAAGGGUUACUUGGAGCUGAAGGUGUUAGAUUGCCAACAGCUAUACUUGAUGAAGAACACGGCAGAGUUGAUGAGGAAACUAAUAAGGUUCCAGAACCUAUUAGAACUGUCUGUUCAUUGUCAGGGAAUGAAAAUGAAGUUUCCUUGAUUGAACUGAGAACAAGAAAUUCUUUUAGUUCUAUUCAUGCAUUGAUGGAAAGCUGUGCCAGGUGCUCUGAAUCUAGCACUCCUUUGGCUGUUGGGGUUGAUAUGGGGAUGAAUUUACCUGCUACUGUAGCAGCCAGGGAAAUUUCCAAGUCUGUUAUAUGUCUCACUGAGUCACCUGAAAGUUCACCUGCAAUAGAAGAUAUUUGUACUGGAAAUAGUGAGUCCAAAUUGAGGCUAUCAUGUGAUAGUGAUAUAUUUCAAAGAAACAACCAUCAUGAUGAAGCUGCUGAUGCCAAUUCUGAGAAGCAAGGGAGGAGUUUUGGUUCUGUGCUAGCUAGAGAUCCAUGACAAGACGUAGGGGCCAGCUUUACAGGUGACAGCAGAAAUGCUAUGCAAUUGCAGGAAAAUAAAUCCACUGGUGAUCCAACAACACAAUCUACUACUUCAUGUGUGAGUUCUCAUAAAAUUGGAGAUUCCUGUAUCAUUGUUGAGGUAAAGCCUGGGGAAGAAAAAGAAGAUAGAUGUUCUUCUGUGUGUAGACCAGCAGAAGUGGAGGGACAUAAUGGUGGUGGAGCCACUCCACUUGAGGAUACUAGAGGACAUGUUUCAGCAUUAGCACUGAUGGUAAGCCUAAUUUGACAAGCCCAUCAAUGGAUAGGAACAAAUCCUUCGAGUGUGAUCAUGAAGAAAUUGGAGAUGGAAGUAUAUGCACUUCUAACAUCAAAAUAGGUGAUGGAUCUGAUUGCAAUGCUGCUUCGGGUAGAAAAUUACAGAAGCUGCUUGUUGAGGAUCCUAUGUCAGGUCCUGUAGUUAAGGAAGAACUAGGUAGUGCUAGUGCAACUGACCAGCAGCAGCUACCAUCAUUAGAUGCUGUAGAUGAAAGUGUUGUUGCUGUUGUCUCAUUGGCUGCUGAUAAUGUUCCAUCUCCUAAAGCUGUUGAUGAGUCUAUGACUAGUAAGUCUGAGAACUCUGGAAUUGGUUACUUCAAAUUGGGGGAUGAAACAAAAGAGAAAAACAGUAUUUCUACUUCUAGCAUUGAUGAACUAGUUAGAUCAGCGAUGGUCUCUCUUGUCACUGCUGAGAUUGCUAGUGAGGUAAAAGAGGUUCAUGAGAGUUAUCCAGUUGGGUCCAAAGGUCAAGAACCACCUUCUACUUCUAUGAUCAAAGAAAUUGAGAAUUGUGAAAAAACUAUUGGCUUUAACUUUAAGACAUCUGGGUUCAACGCAGAUAGAAGGGGCGAGCUUGCAUCAUCUACAGAGUCAUGCUCAUCGGGUGUUUCUGCUGAGCCAGAUGUUAUCAGUAAGCUUGAAUUUGAUUUGAAUGAGGGCAUUUCUGGUGUUGAUGCCAAUGAAGGAGAGCCAGCUAUCUCAACUGCAAUAAUAUGCUCAUCUGUAAUUCGUUUGCUUAGUCUAUCUCCCUUUGCAAAUCCAAUGUCGAAUGGUUUUUUGCCUGCUUCAAUAACAGUAGCUGCACCAGGAAAAGUACCGUUUAUGCCACCUGAAAAUUUGUUGAAGGCUAAGGAUGAGACUGGAUGGAAAGUCUCAGCAGCCACUUGUGCAUUUUGGUCAGCAGAACCACGAAACAUUUCUAGAGAUGCCACCUAAUAGUUCGCAUAUGCCACCAUCUUAUUUUGCCAGAAAGCAAGGCCAUCCUCUGCUAGACAUUGAUCUGAAUGUAGCUGGUGAGGGAGUUCUUGAAGACAUGGCCUCUGAGAGUACUUCUCAGACUACAGUGUCCAUUUCAGGGACUGUUAGUACUCAUCAUGCACCAUCAAGAAUUGCUGGGGGAGUUGAUCUUGAUUUAAAUAGAGUUGAUGAUGGUCUGGGACUCUGGAAAAUGGACAGCUCUUGACAAGCAGUAGCCAUAGAUUAGAGGCACCAAUUUUGCCUACUCAACUUGCAUCUGGAGCAUUUCCUGGUGGAGAGGCAAGUGUGCUAAGGAACUUUGAUCUGAAUGACCGACCAGGUGCUGAUGAAGUUGGUUUAGGACCAACACCAAGGAGCCAAAAAACAGAAACUACAAGUGAUGUGCCAUUUUUUGCUCCACUUGCAGAUAUAACAAAUAAUCUUUCAUGGAUCUGUCCUACCUCUUUUCCAGCUGUUGCUACAUAAUCUUUACUGCCUGAUAGAGUGUAGCAGUUUAAUCCAUUAGUUGCAAUUCCAGUGCCUCAGAGGAUUUUGUCAGUAACUGGUGGUGGCAACUCCUUGAAUGAUGAUUAUAGAGGCUCUGCACUUUCAUCAUCACCAGCCAUGACAUUUGCUUCUGUGACAUCACUUUCUUAUGCAAGAUUGCCCUUUGCUUCUGGUUAUUCAAUCAGCUCAACCUCUUUCUCAGGUUGUUCAACGUCCUAUGUUGAUUCUUCAUCAGCUGGUGGUUCAUUCUCUGCUUUUCCUUCACUGCUUGUCAGACUUCCUAGUGCUGUAUUAUCUCAUUAUCCAAGGGUUGCCUAAUAAGCUUUCCAGAUGGUAGUACUAGUACUGUGUCUGACAACAUUCUGAAAUGGAGCAGACAUGGGUUCGAUCUCAAUACAGGUCCAGGUAUUGGAGAUUUGGAGGCAAAAGAUGAGAAACUAUCUUCAGCAUCAAGACAACUGCUAGUUGCCACUUCGGAAGUAUUCAUGGACGAACAGGCAAGAACUUAUGGUUUUCCAGGUGUAAGUUCGAAGUGGAAGGAAGCUGAAGGGAGUUGCCAUGCAGAGAAAUAUACAGACAGAUCUGUUAAGCAACUUCCAUGGAAGUAGGGAGAUUAUUGAACACAGCAACUGCAGCUUCCAUAUCUGGCACGAUCUUGUGUGGAAUUUCUUUCUUACUAGUUUAUACACAAGCAACAAUCACAAACAUACUAGUGUUUGCCUUGAUGUCUGAAACUCUCAAAGGGGAUCCGAACCAUUUCUGUAAUUCAUGUCAAUGUUUAGAUAUGAUUCACUCCAAUCAUUUCACA